AUGGCACUUGCAGAAAUAAUGCAAAGGACUUCUGAACUGCAAAUAUGGCCAAGAUUGGAUCGAACACCACAAACUGGCUGUAAACCCCAAGUAUCUUGUUACCAAAGCUUUGUCCAACAUCACCAAACCCAUCAGUGCUUUUUAGCAUAUGACAAGAACGUGGAGCUGGCAGCUAGUGGCUGGGACGUCCUGUACAAUGCCUUCCCCUGGAUUAAGGUCCUUCCCUUUGCGAAGCAACAAAAGCUGUUCUGCAAUGACAGCAAAGUGUUUAACUUCCUUCUGCAAAUGACCAAGCGCUUCUCAAAAGUAAGGGUUCCCCAGUUGCCACAACAUUACAUUGAUGCCUACUUGGAUGAGAUGGAGUGGAGCGCCACUGAUAAGGCAAUGUCUUUCUCUGUUGGAGUAUUCAUCUUUGCCAGCAAAGAGAAUUGUCUGCACUAGGCCGUGCUCUACAUGGCUCUAUAUCCAAGUAUACAAGGUUGGUGUCCAUUUAAUGUCAAUUGUGUCCUGAAUGGCAGGCCACCGGCUCUCGAAUAUAAGCAUACAAUGCCCUAUGUGGAAGCAGUGCUGCAUGAAAUCUUGUGCCUUUGCAAUGUUGUCCCACUGGGUAUCUUCCACGCUACCUCUCAAGAUGCAUUGGUGCAUGGCUAUACGAUCCCCAGGGGCACCAUGGUGAUCACUAACCUGUACUCUGUGCACUUUGAUAAGAAGUACUGGAGUGAUUCAUCCAUCUUCUUCCCAGAGAGGUUCCUUGACAGUAAUGGCAAAUUUGUCUGACGUGAGGUAUUUCUACCCUUCUCAAUAGGCAAAUGUCACUGUCUUGGUGAGCAGUUGGCCAGGUUGGAGAUGUUCUUAUUCUUCACCACAUUAAUCCAAAGGUUCUGCCUUCAGUUCCCAGAGGGCUUUAUUCCAAAUCUCAGCCCAAAACUGGGCAUGACUCUGCAACAUCGGCCAUAUUCCAUAUGUGCCAUCAGAAGAGAGCAGUAAAACUCCCCCCAGGAGCUCUCGCACUAUGCACUCACCUCAGGGGAUCCUACCAAGAAACGCAGAAUGGCAUCGUAAUUUCCCAUCUUAAAUUCCAUCAGAUUUUCAGCAGGGAAUAUUGAUCUCUAAUAUUGACUUGUUAAAUUCUCUGAAUGUGUCCUCAAUAGUUUCACUGAACUCAGGUGGUGAGUACUGUUAACAGUACUGUUAAACAAUACAUGGUAUGGAGAGCAACGUUUGAGGACAUGUGGACGCCUAAUGAGAAAAUUACAUGGCAGUAGCAAGAUAAAGUGUAACAUGUAUGUUUGAUGACUUAAUCAGUAAAAUAAAAUAAAAAA